AUGACGGCGCCUCGCUCGCGCCCGGCCCGGCUUCCUCCGCGCCGCCGGCCUGGGUUGGUGCCGUUCCCGCUGCUGCUGCUGCUGCUGGCGGCGCCGGCGCGCGGUUGGGAGAGCGGAGACUUGGAGUUGUUUGACUUGGUGGAGGAGGUGCAGCUCAACUUCUACCAGUUCCUCGGGGUGCAGCAGGAUGCUUCAUCUGCAGACAUUAGAAAAGCAUAUCGUAAGCUUUCACUAACUUUGCAUCCAGACAAGAAUAAAGAUGAAAAUGCAGAAACUCAGUUUAGACAAUUGGUGGCCAUUUAUGAAGUUUUAAAGGAUGAUGAACGAAGGCAGAGGUAUGACGAUAUUCUGAUCAAUGGACUUCCAGAUUGGCGACAGCCUGUAUUCUACUAUAGACGAGUGAGAAAAAUGAGCAAUGCUGAGCUGGCAUUACUUUUGUUCAUUAUUCUCACAGUGGGUCAUUAUGCUGUGGUUUGGUCAAUCUACCUGGAAAAACAACUGGAUGAACUGCUUAGUAGAAAAAAGAGAGAAAAGAAAAAAAAGACAGGCAGCAAGAGUGUGGAUAUAUCAAAACUUGGUGCUUCUGAAAAAAAUGAAAGAGUGCUGAUGAAACCACAAUGGCAUGAUUUGCUUCCAUGCAAGCUGGGAAUUUGGUUUUGCCUUACACUAAAAGCAUUGCCUCAUCUACUCCAGGAUGCUGGGCAGUUUUAUGCUAAAUAUAAAGAAACAAGAUUGAAGGAAAAGGAAGAUGCAUUGACUAGAGCUGAAUAUGAAACACUUCAAAAACAGAAGAAAGUUAAAAUGAAAAAGCCAAAACCUGAAUUUCCUGUAUACAUGCCUUUAGAAAGUACAUAUAUUCAAUCUUAUGAUCAUGGAGCAUCUAUAGAAGAAAUUGAGGAACAAAUGGAUGAUUGGCUGGAAAACAGAAACAGAACGCAGAAAAAACAGGCACCUGAAUGGACAGAAGAGGACCUCAGCCAGCUGACAAGAAGUAUGGUUAAGUUCCCUGGAGGGACCCCAGGUCGAUGGGAAAAGAUUGCCCACGAAUUGGGUCGAUCAGUGACAGAUGUGACAACCAAAGCGAAGCAACUGAAGGAUUCAGUUACCUGCUCCCCUGGAAUGGUUAGACUCUCUGAGCUCAAAGCAACAGCCCAGAACUCCAGGUCCGCCAAGACCACCGUGGCCUUGCCAGACGACAUCAUCACCCAGCGAGAGGACGCGGAGCAGCCCGUGGAGGACGUCGGGGACGGGCAGGGAGAGGACGCUCAGGAGCAGCAGGCCGCGGUCGCAGAAAGCCAGCCUCGGCGGCGGAAGCCAGCCAGGCCGCCUGAUGUCACGACAAAGGCGGAGCCAGAAGAAAAGUUCCGAGGAAAGAGGCAGAAAGACUUUGACAUGUCAGAGCAAAAUGAAUCCAGCGACGAGGAAAGCCAGAAGAGAGAGAGCACUCGUGCUGUGGAGGAACCAUGGACUCAGAGUCAACAGAAACUUCUGGAAUUAGCAUUACAGCAGCACCCGAAAGGAUCCUCUGACCGCUGGGACAAAAUAGCCAAAUGUGUCCCGUCUAAGAGUAAGGAAGACUGUAUCGCUAGAUACAAGUUGCUGGUUGAACUGGUCCAAAAGAAAAAACAAGCUAAAAGCUGAAUGUUCUGGAAGAUGAUGUUCACCUUCAUUUUCCAAAAUGAUGAUUUUAAAAAUCUUACGCAGAAACUUGCGUUUUGUACCUCAGUAUUUCUAUUCAUCAUGUGCCUUAGUAAAAAAAAAAAUAAUAAAAAUUUAAAAUAAAUGUUG